AUGGAAUCCCUCUCAGACACAAAGUGGGAUGUAGUGAUCAGCGGCACGGGGCUCCAGCAAUCCCUUCUCGCCCUUGCCCUGUCGCGAUCUGGCAAGAACAUCCUCCACGUCGAUCCCAACGAGUACUAUGGCGAGGCCGAGGCGGUCCUGAGCCUGCACGAGGUCGACGAGUGGGCUGCUGGGCGCCGGUCCGGCGAUGGCGACGGCGUUUUUGCAGCUGCGCGGGUGACUCGUCCCGACGGGCCCGAAAGCCUGUCGCCGAGGGGUUACACCCUCGCCCUGGCGCCGCAGCUGAUCCAUACGCGCUCGGAGCUCCUGUCGAAGCUGGUCUCGUCGAAAGCCUUUCGGCAGCUCGAGUUUCUUGCCGUUGGCUCGUUUUACAUCUAUCAGCCCUCGUCCGCAGAGUCUUCAGCUCCAAGUCUCAGCCGCAUACCCUCGACUCGAGAAGACGUGUUUGCCAACACGACGAUUUCAGUCAAAGCAAAGCGCGGGCUUAUGAAGUUCCUCAAGUUUGUGCUGGACUACAACGCUGAGCCGCAGACGGAUGUGUGGAAGCCACAUGCAGGCGACUCGCUGGCGAGUUUUCUUGCGGCAGAGUUUAAGCUUGACGCCGCCCUGCAGGCGUACAUCAUCACUCUGACUCUCAGCUUGGAUGGCAAGAUAUCGACAGAGGCUGGUCUGGCCGCUAUUCACCGCCAUAUUACCUCUAUGGGGGUCUUUGGCGCGGGCUUUGCAGCUGUUUACCCCAAAUGGGGCGGCCUCUCUGAGAUUGCCCAAGUCGGCUGUCGAGCCGGUGCCGUCGGCGGCGCCGUUUACAUGCUCGGCGUUGGCAUCAAGGACGUCCAAAGAGCCCCUCCCACGGCCGAAAUGCCCGAAGAGCUGGACAUGGUCCUGACAAACGACGUGGCGAUAAAGUCAAAGGCCCUGGUGAAAGCCCUGGGCAAGCCGGCAGGCGAAAGCCGCCGCCUGAGCAGACUCACGGCCAUUGUCAACUCCGGUCUACCCACGCUCUUUGAGGCAGCGACUGAUGGUGCCCCGACUCCAGCCGUCGGUGUCGUCGCGAUUCCCGCUGGAACACCGUUUGGCGAAGACGGAGUCUCAUCCGAGUACCCCAUCUACGUCCUGGCUCAUUCAAGUGACGCCGGUGAAUGCCCUUCUGGACAAUGCGUAUUAUAUCUUAGCACUCUCACAAGCCCAGAUGCCCAAACCCAUCUUGGAAAUGCGCUCUCAUCCCUUUUGGCUUCCCUCUCUGUGGGCGGCCAAGAGCCUCCCAAGUCACUCUACCAAUUGUAUUAUGAACAAACUGGGUUUGACAUUCCAUCCGUAAACAUUGAUGGGAAAUCUGCUGUAUUCUCCUUGCUACCUCUGGACCUUGCGUUUAAUGACUCUGUACUGGACCCUGUUCGGAGCGCAUGGGAAAUGAUUACGGCUCCGGCUACGGAAGAGGAAUCUGCAGAGUAUCUAGUAUUCACAGAUCGGGAGGGCGCCGAUGCCGAAGACCAAUGUGAUAAUUAA